UAACCGUGGGAAAGGCAGAGGAGCGAGGGAUAACGGCAGCGGUGGGUGCCCGUCGCGCCGUCCCCGGCGGGGCGGGGCGGGGCGGGGCGCGCGCGGAGCGGAGCGGAGCGGAGGCGGCAGGCGCGGUGCGCGGUGCGCGGAGCGAGAGCUCUCCCCUGUGACCGAACAUCAGAUCUUUUCUUCUUAUUAUUCUUUAAAUUCAAAGACGGAAGGAGCAGCACGGCUGCCUGGCUGCUGCAUUUGCACGCCCCUUCCCCCCGUGCAGAGCCGGGGGUUUUGUCCUUAGGGACAAAGGGGGGGGGGGCUGAAAUUUGGGGGGGACGGGGGGGGGGACAGAAAAGCGGCCGGUGAGGGGCACGGCGGGAAGCGCUGCCAGUCCGGCUGGCGGAGGGCGCGGAGGCUCCGCGGAGCGCGGAAACACCCCCGGAGGUUGUUUCCACCACCCCACCCCCGCAGAAAGCACACAUCGCCCCACCCGUGGCCACGUACGUGGGGCCGCCGGGCUGCUGGGCCGUGGGGCAGGCAGGACAAACCUGGCUUUUCUGCUGGGUCGGGGUGCCGGGCUUAGGGUUUGCAAAGGCUCCGCAAGAAGGGCGCAUUCCGCCCCCCCCCACCCCCGCAGCCCCCAGCCCCGGUAGGCAGGCAGGCACACAGCGCCCCGAGUCACACACAGGAGGCGAGCAAGGAGCACACACGCAGCGCCGACUUUUUACAAGAAGGUGGAAGUAGCAAGUCGAAGUAAAGCCUUAGAAAUUAGAGAGAGGGUUGUGAUAGGUUGUUAUCUGCGCUGGGAGGCGGUUACACUUUUUUACUAUUGGGUAUGUAAAUUGUUUUUAAUAAGAUCUGCCCUUUUUUUUUUUUUUUUUUUUUUUUUUUUUUUAAAGGGAGAAAACAAACCAGACUCCCUUUACCUUAAUAGUCUGAAGGGGGUUUUAUAGCUUUCAUUCAUUCAAGGAAAUGGUUUAGGCUUUAGACUACCGGAGACUUAGCGAAAAAAAAAGCGUUUGGCACCAGAUUAUUUUUACUGUUAUUAUAUUUUUUUGCAAACAAGAUUUUUCAUGCUUUUUUUUUUUUUUUUUAAAAACAAACAAGACCAAAAGUGUUAAUGGAAAAAACCCGGAGAGAAGUGGAGAUCGGAGACCGUCUCCUGCUCCCCCCCUUCCCCGUCCCCGUCCUCCUCCCCGUGGGUGAGAGCGACUUAAAGCAAAGUUUCUCCUCCUGUGGGGGAUGCACAUUGUUUUAUUUAUUUUGAAGGCUGCAGAAGUCUGAGGACUGAAGCACCACGUGCUGCUGACUCUCAUCAGCAUAAUGAUCGCCUUAGCCAGAGAGUCCUGUAUAUAUAAACCACAAAAACCUAAUCAUUAGAAAUCCCAGCCUCCAAAAACCACAUUCAGGACAAAAAAACUGUGGCGUAAUAUUUUUUUUUUUCGGCUCCUUCAUCUUCCCCGACCUCAACUUCUUGGGACCCAAAAGAAGUUUGUUGGUUUUGGUUGCUUUUUUUUUUUUUUAAUCCCGAUUUUUCAGAAAGAAAAAUAACUCAAACAAACCGACAUUUUAAUGAUCUUUUUGCUGCUGUUGUUCAUCAAGGGCGGAAAAAAAAAAAAGAUUUUUGUUAGCCUAUUCAACUCAACGGACUCGGAUCCAGCAGCGACUUCAUUAAAAGAACCGGACUGCACCAAGGCUGCCUUUUCCCAGAAUUUACUUGGUCAUAUUUUAGAAAUCAGCCUAAGGAGGGGUGUUUUGUUGGUUUUUGUUUCAGCUAUGCUCCCCGCUUUUUUUCCCUGGGAAUCCGAAAGUUCAACUUUUCUUAAGUCCUGAAUCCUCCCAAAGGAGCCGGCUAAAGUCUCACUUUUAAUUAGUAGUCCUGUGACUUUCCCCUUCACCCCAGCAACCCCAGUAACUUUCUUUCCACGCCGAAAUCUCUUCGGGAGCGCUUUUUUUUUUUUUGCUUUUUUUUUUUCUGGGGGGGGGGGGAGCCACUUUUCCCAAGCCCCUUCCCGAGCUCCUGCUUCCCUCCGCUUCCUGAAGCCAAAGGCAAUAAGCGGGGGAGCCCAGCGGCUCCUCGCCUCUGUCCCAGCGGGGCUUUUUGUUUGCUCCUUUUUUUUUUUUUUUUUUUUUUUUUUUUUCUGUCCGGAGGAGGAAGAUUUCUUCGGAGGAAAUCGGGACGUUCCCCUGAACACCCCCUCUCCCGGGUUGGAGAGUUACGCUCUUCUUCUGGCGGCCGCCAACAGCAGCAGCCCAGGAAACUGAACCAGCAGCGAGUGUGACUUCUCCCAAGACAACCUUUUUGCAAAUCCGAAAAGGAAAAGAGGACGGGGAGGGAGGGGAAGAAAAAGGAAAGAAAUUCAAGCACUUGAGGGAAGAAACGGUGGCUUAGAAGGAGGGAAAAGAGCAGAGAGACUGUGCAAGAAGGAAGGAAGGAAGGAGGAGGAGAAGCAGCAGCGCUUUGCAGCUGGGCAGAAGCCGGGACCAUGCAGUUUCCAGCCGGGCUUUGCUAAGAGGGGCAGCCCCGGACCCCCCAGCCAGACUCUGUCUCCUCGCUGCUCUCCAGGCUGCAGGCGCCCCCGGACCGGCAUCACCCCCCGCCCCCUCAAUCUUUCUUUAAAAAAAAACACCACCAAAACAAAAAGACUUGACUUUUUUUUUUUUUUUUUCGUGCGUUUAAUCCGCUCCUGUUUUUGCUUUUUUUUUUGUGUGUGGUUUUUUGGGUUUCCCCCCCCGCCCACUCCGAUUUGCUUUUUUUGCCCCAUAUCCUCACCCCUCCACUUUUUCAUUCACCCCUUUUUCGGCUAGAUUUUUUUUUUUUACAACCCCCACCCCCCACUACACGCCUCCUCAAGCGAUCCCCCUACCGCUCCCCCCCCCCCCGCCCCCCAACUCGCUAACUUGUGGCUGUUGUGAUGCGUAUUCCCGUAGAUCCCAGCACCAGCCGGAGGUUCAGCCCCCCCUCCAGCAGCCUGCAGCCCGGCAAGAUGAGCGAAGUCAGCCCUGUCGUAGUAGCCCAACAGCAGCAGCAGCAGCAGCAGCAGCAAGAAGCGGCGGCCGCCGUGCCCAGGCUGCGCCCCCACGAUAACCGCACCAUGGUGGAGAUCAUCGCUGACCACCCCGCCGAGCUGGUCCGCACCGACAGCCCCAACUUCCUCUGCUCCGUGCUGCCCUCGCACUGGCGCUGCAACAAGACCCUCCCGGUGGCAUUCAAGGUGGUCGCCCUAGGAGAAGUGCCUGAUGGAACAGUGGUCACUGUCAUGGCUGGAAACGAUGAGAACUACUCUGCAGAGCUACGAAAUGCUUCUGCUGUGAUGAAGAACCAGGUGGCCAGAUUUAAUGACUUACGAUUUGUGGGCAGAAGUGGAAGAGGAAAGAGCUUUACUUUGACAAUAACUGUCCUGACAAAUCCCCCCCAAGUCGCUACGUACCACAGAGCUAUAAAGGUUACAGUGGAUGGGCCAAGGGAGCCAAGAAGGCACAGACAGAAGCUUGAUGACUCUAAACCUAGUUUGUUCUCUGAACGCCUCAGUGAUUUAGGGCGCAUUCCUCAUCCCAGUAUGAGAGUAGGGGUCCCGACCCAGAGCCCACGGCCCUCUCUGAACUCUGCACCAAGUCCUUUUAAUCCACAAGGACAGAGUCAGAUUACAGACCCCAGGCAGGCGCAGUCAUCCCCGCCAUGGUCCUAUGACCAAUCUUACCCAUCCUACUUGAGCCAGAUGACUUCACCAUCCAUUCACUCCACAACUCCCCUGUCCUCCACUCGAGGCACAGGACUUCCAGCCAUUACCGAUGUGCCCAGACGCCUCUCAGGUGCUUCAGAGCUGGGCCCAUUUUCAGAUCCCAGGCAGUUCACAAGCAUUUCAUCCCUCACUGAGAGCCGCUUCUCCAACCCACGAAUGCACUAUCCAGCCACCUUUACCUAUACACCGCCAGUCACCUCAGGCAUGUCACUGGGUAUGUCCGCAACCACUCACUACCACACCUACCUACCACCACCCUACCCUGGCUCUUCCCAAAACCAAAGUGGACCUUUCCAGACCAGCAGCACUCCAUAUCUCUACUAUGGCACUUCAUCAGGAUCAUACCAGUUCCCCAUGGUGCCGGGAGGGGACCGCUCCCCCUCCAGGAUGCUUCCUCCGUGCACCACCACAUCCAACGGCAGCACGCUGUUAAACCCUAACUUGCCCAACCAGAGUGACGGGGUGGAGGCGGAUGGCAGCCACAGCAGCUCCCCAACUGUCUUGAAUUCUAGUGGCAGAAUGGAUGAGUCCGUUUGGAGGCCGUACUGAGAUUUCUUCUGUAGCUGGCCCGACCUCCGCGAGCCAAAAAAAAACAAAAACAAACCCAAACCAAACGGUCAAGUAACUACGAAGUGCCUGGUUUUUCUGUUUUUUUUUUUUUGUUUUUUUUUUGGGGUUUUUUUUGGUUUUUUUUUAAUACAUUUUACCAAUAUGUGCAACUGUGUAGAUGGGAUGAUAAUGGCCAUAAAUAACACAAGAGUUACCAACACACCACAACCUAUGUUUCUGAUUAUGCGGAUCAAAGAACAUAAUUAUUUUUUUUCCAUGGAACCAUUUUGCUUUGUUUUAUAUUUAAAAUGUACUUUUUACACACACACACACACACACACACACACACACACACACACACACACAAAUCACCCCCUAAUUUUUUUUCCUUUUUUCCUUUUUUGUUUUUUUGUUUGUUUUUUUUUAAUCUAGAGUGUUGUGAUAACUAGUGAGUAUAUUGCCAAUGAGGAGAGAACGGACUCCCCGGCUAUCAGGAGAAACAUGGUGAUGCAAGGCAAAGGCUGCAUUCCCUUUUAUUUUUAAAACAAAAAAACCCUGACCAUGAACUCCAGAUACAGUUGCAAUCAUACAACGUAUGGGACCCUCUUCACACCCGUAGUGCAAUUCAACUGGCUUGUAUUGGUGCACAUAAAAAGGAAAGCAAAGAUCAAGUUGCUUCCAUUUUGCCAUGAUACAUUCAGAUUAAAACAGCUGUCCCAAAAAACUCUGUCCGAGCCUUGCUGCAGAUAAUGGUUGGAAUUUCUCUGUGUUCAUUGCUUUUUUGGUUUGUUUUUGGGUACUUAAAGAGAACAAGUCUUCAAGUUAGGCUAGACAACCCUGGGGUUUCCUUUUUGCUUUUGUAUCUGUUCAUUUUGCCUUUGAUUAGCCAAAAAAUAGCAACCUUUAAAAACAAAAAACAAAAUGUUAUUACUUAUGCAAAAUAUGAAAAUGGCAAUAUAUAUUACUAGAGCCAAAAUGGUAUACAUAGUAUUUUUGUUCGGCUAUGUUCUUUUUUAUUUUUUUUUAAAUUAUAAAUGUGUAAAAUUUGAGGUUGUUUGCUAACAUGAAUCAUCGUAUAAGUUUAAAAGAAUAUUUAUAAUUAUUUAAUGACAUUUGGACCCUUUAAAUGUUUCUUAAUGUAAUGAUAUAUUGACUUCGGUCUCUAAAAGUCUUUUGGGUUUUGUUUUGGUUUGUUUGGGGGUUUGGUUUUUUUUUUUACUUAUUACAUUUCUGCUAUGGUGUAAACCUCAAACCUUUACCCAGCUCUGAAAACCAGUUCCAGUGUGAACCAGUUUACAAUGUGACUUAAAAAUGACAAACCCAACCCAAAUGCAUCCACAUCAAAUGAUUUUGGAUGUAGGAUCUUUUUAUAUAACUUAUGAAGGAAAUAUUGUGUUUAAAAUAUUUUUAUUAGCUGUCUGGUUGCCUUCAACACAGUCUUGCCUUUUAAUCAGUAGUUGUGGAGACACUGGAAAAAUGGUAGGAAGGAUGAAACAUUUUUCCACCCUUCCCCUAAUUUCUUCUUCUCCCAGAACUUUUCUUAGAACUUCAAAAUUUGAAAAUAUUCAUAUUUUAAAAUGUUCUGUUUUGACAGCGUGAUUUGAAUUUCGACAAGGGUUUUUUUUUUCCCAAAGAAAAAACAAAACCAUUUCAAAGCCCUUCUUUUACAAAUAAUGAGCUGUUAAAUAUCUCAGAAAUGGGAUUAAGGGAGAAUAGGUGAAACUUUUUCCCCUCCCCUUGCAAUUUCAGCCCACUUGAUGGAAGAAAAAGAUUCAAAACUCGAGACAGAAACUGCCUGGUAGGGAAUCCCCACCCAUUAGCAUUAAAUGCUAGAGCUGUAAGGAUGCUGUGUUGACUUUGAAGCUGAUGUGGCUGUUGCCGUAUUAGAGGGACAAGCACAAGGGCAACAGUAUUCACCUCUGCAAACGCUGAAGGUAAAAAGUCACCUUAAAAGCCACCCUGGGGCUCUCAGGCAUGAUACAGGGAGAGCAAAUUGCACCCAAACCCCUUAACCAACCUGUCUGCCACCAAACUAUCCAGCGGAGGGGCCCAAGUUUUGCCCAGCCCAGGGCUGCUAUGGCAAACAGGGAGGCAACGUGGCAUCGGAUGGAUGCAGUGGGAGCUGAACCGCCCUCCCCACACUAUCCCUAAGCAGGUGAUGCUAAGCCUGCUAUAGUGAGAUGUUCAGCACAUGCUGAUGGCGUUUGCCGGUGCUCCCUCCUUGCCCUGCCUUAGCCGUCGCCAUCUGCAGCUUACUCGGGGGGGCUGUUGGCCACCAUACCGCUCCUUGGCUGUACUUUGGCUACCUCCAAAGUAUCGCAAUAAAUCAUCGGUUGGGCAUAGCCAUACAGAGCUGGACAACACCAUCACCACUCGUUAAUAGCGAAGCUGUUAAACGAGUUGACGUUAGCAUGGUACAUUCCUCUGAUUUGCGUGAUGACGCGCUCUUAAAAAAAAUAAUUAAUAAAGUCUUUGCCUUUUAAAGGUUGUAUACCAAGUAUGCUUAAAGUAUAAGUAAGACACUUUGUUUUUCUUCUAAUACUUAGUUUUCCUUCAAAGAUGGAAGCUGUAAUUGAUUCUAUUUAUUGUUGGUUUGUGGUAGCUUGAAGCAUACCACUGUCCAUUUAUUUGUAACUGUAAAAUACGUUUGUUAGUCUCAGCAGCACUUAAAAAGCCAGUGUCUGGUUACACAUUUCAGUUUUGUUUUUUGUUUAGUAAGCAAGAGAAAAAGAUGUACUGCCAGUGCAAGCUGUUUCCUAUUUAAUAAAAGGUACUAUAUUUGUACAUUAUUUGUUAUUGCUGAGAAGGGCUUUUUAAGGUUUACUGUAUGCAUAUUAAGUAAUUUUUAGGGUGCUUUUGUGUUGAAAUGUUGUUAAGAGUGGCUGCAGGCAGCAACCCAGGUUGGUGUUUUUUUGGGGGUGGGAUUUUUUUUUUCUUUUUUUCUUUUUUUUUAAGACUUUGUUGUAAAAUUCAAGCACUUGGGUUUUGUUUCUGGAUAAAUCCAGCACAGACCAGACACGUUUUGCUCAGUACUGACAGGACUCUGUUUGUGUCACCGUGGUUUUUCAGCUGGACCGUUAGGGACAGACGUUGAAAACAUUUUCUCCGCCUGGUCGAGGUGCACAUGCCCAACCCGUACCCUCAGUUUCCUGGCCAUACAGGCAGGCGUCUGGCCCUGCCUGCUUGAGAUAGGAAGGAAAGGAUUUUCUAAGUACCUAUGGAUGGAGGAGCACCAGCCCCUUGACUUUCAGUAGACUCCCAUGCUCCUGAACCCUCCUGGUGCCUUUGGAAAAUCUCUCCUGGUACAUCAGGCUGGUCACAGAGGGAGGUGUCAAGGCUGAGGCAGAGAUGCUCAUCAAAGCUUUUGGAAAAUGCUUUUGAGUUCACUUGGAAAUACUCUUGAAUCAGGAUUUCAGACCAAAAAAAAACCCCAACCAGCACUAUGCAGUAAAUCAUAUCAGAUUAUCUGACAUUUUGCGAGGUGCUUAGCAUCAGCAGAAAGGAGUUUUCUCAAAGGUACGGCAGCUCUUCCCUUCAGUGAGCGGCAAACUUUGGCACCAGUCAUAGAUUUAAAGGUUUAAAAAUGGCUGGUUUUGACUUUCCAGCUCUCUUACCCUACCACAGAUUUACUUCCAGCACAACAGGCACAAUGUCCCUUUUGCCAAAUGGAGGGAUUAAAUCCUCCUCUCCCUCUUCCUAAGGGUAACCAGAUCGGGGUCAGUGGGUCGGGAUGGAUGAGUAAAGCAAUUUGUUUAACCCACAGCAUCAUUCGUGUGGCAUUUAUUGUUUCUUUUAAAAGACCAGCUGCUGUGUCUUUCUUAGCAUUGAACUUUUUUUGCCAGCAGUCCCCUGAGCAAAGAUUUAUCGGUUUCCACAGGUACCAUCUUGAGUGGGGAAAAUUUUGCACUUUCACACUUAGCAAAGCAAAGCUCAGCCCCACGCCGGGCUGCACGCGGCCACAAGCCAUGAGCAAAAGCAAUAAUUAAAACCUGGAUCAGCCAUGAGCUCAAAGAAGCCCCAUUCUCUGAACCCCUGAACUUCUUCUUGUUUUUAAAUAGAAUGCAUUUCAUUUUAACAUUUUCUGAGAACUUUUUUAGAUGUUUGUUUACUUCCAUGUUUACAGAUAACUCUUUGCUUUUUUUUUUUUAAUGCAGUACUUUUAAGUAUAUCAGCCAAACCCAUACUUUUACAGUAACUUUUGUUUUAGGUAAUAUGAGUGACAUUCCAAUUUUUUUUUGUUGUUGUUGUUAAAUAUGCUUUACCAGUCUUGAAUUUCCGCUGGAACAAAAUAUUUGUAGCAUUUUGUGUAAAUACAAGCUUUAAUUUUUUAUUUUUUCAAGUGCUGUCACCUGAGAUUUGCUUUUCAUGCACAUAUUGUACAAACACACUCUGCUUUAUGCCACAGACGAUGAUUGUGGAUCAGUUUACUUCAACUUCAAAGGGACUAUUUGUAUUGUAUGUUGCAACUGUAAAUUGAAUUGUUUUGGCAUUUUCUCAUGAUUGUAAUAUUAAUUUGAAGUUUUAAUUUCAUUUUCAAUAAAAUGGCUUUUUUUUGUUAA